UUUUUGAGCACUCAGUCUGAACGCAGCCUAAACCUUUGACAUGCAUGCACCAAAGAUUUAUAUUCAGUUAUGUAAAUGUCAAAACAUAAAACUUCUUUAUUGUGAGACGGCCAUAGAUGUAUGAUAAUUGCAAAAACAAUUUCCCAUUGUAUUAUGUUGUCUAUAUGUUUCCAACCAUGCAAUUAUCCGCAAAGAACCUCUAUCGCCUCUAAGAGUCCUUUGGCGCAUUGUGACUAUUAUUUGUCACAUGCAUUUGGACAUUUAAUAACAGAUAACUUAUAAGCAACGUGUUUGAGUUUAAAAGUGUCGAAAUAUAUAAAUGUUCUAUAUUGGGAUGAAUUUGAAAUAAGCAUUUAGUAUUUGGAAACAUUGGACGAAAACAGUUCUGAAGUAACCGUUCUCGGUAGCCCGAGAUAUAUAGCAUAAGAUUGUUGACAGGCACCACAGCACUUCCAUCUGUCACUAUUUUAUACACGGUGACUUUAAAAAACAUGUUGUGCAAAAUAUAUCUAAUUUCAAUUACUAAAUCGUUACGUCAUGUAGUGUCAUCUAUAUCUAGCUACCAUAUAUAAAUGCAGUAUGUGUCGAUCAUGAGUUAACUAUUCUUAUUGUUUUGAAGAAUCUUUGUAUAGAGCGCUCCAUGUCAUCAAUAGCGUAUCUGGAUUGUAGUAAGCAAACGUUUUCUCGUUUCUGUUUUUGUUUGUAGAAAUGGAUUCCAAACUUGGUGUUGCAUUCUCAGGCGGUGGAAUUCGGUCAGCGGCCUUCUGUUCAGGGGUUCUGCGCAGGCUCCUUAAAAAAGAAGCAGAACCUGAUUAUUUAAGCUGCGUGUCUGGCGGAGGUUACACUGGAAGUGCUUACGUCGAGUGGAAAUAUCGAAAGAGAAACUCUACGGAUUGGACUGAGAAAUUCUUUGAGAAUAUGCGAAAACGAGCAGGAUAUUUCUGCAAUUGGCAAAGUCGCGAUUGUUGCUGUGACUCCAUGAUAUUAUGCUCUUUGCUUUUUUUUGUUUCAGUAUUCGUUCCAAUUGUUGGUUGGGGUUCUUUCGCUUUUCCAAUUGCUUUCUUCAUCAAACUUUUGUACGGGAAGUUUCUCGAUGGUGCAAAGUGUAGAUACCUGGCUGGCAGCUCCGAUUGUAAUGAACGGGCCUUCCUUUUUUCCAUAUCUUUGGUUGUUGUUGUUCUUUUCCAUUUCCUUGAAUAUCUUUGCAAACAUUGUGGCGAGAACAGAAGAAAUUACUUAAAGAUGAAGUGGGUGAGGGUGUUUCUUAAAUUGGGCCAGUUGUUUGCUGGUGCUUCGUUUGCUUUCACUCUUCUGCCAUGGUUUAUUCACGAUUUCCUGCGAUAUUUGCAUUCUGUCAUUCAGGUCGGGAUAGUUUUGAUCACUGUAGUCUUCUGGUUUUUUGUUCCACUUUUGCGAAAAUACUCUUCUCUGGUAAUUUUGAUUUAUUAUUACUCGUACGUCGUGUACUGGCAUCUGUUCAGGAGAACGUUAUUCCACUUAAAGUAUACGAAAGAGAGAUUUGAAUUAUGCCUGUAUGCAUCUUUGUGCAUAAUAGCAGCAUUCUCGAUUCUGGGAGAUAUUCCACUUCGCCUGGGUUACGUCUAUAACAGGUGGAGAUUGCAAAAAGCGUUUUAUUACCACGAGGACAAUGACAAAUUCUGUACAUGUGAAGAACAAUGUUGCUACUGUUUUGAUAUUUUUGCUGGGGGCCACUGUUCAUCGUGUUGUUGUGCAUCUUGCACGUGUCCACCAAAAGACAAACAAGGGGCUAUAAACGACCAGCGAGCAGUGACAUUAGGAGACUUAAAAGGAAUAAAACCAGAGUAUUUGAGCAAUAUGGUGGUGAGUGGUUGGCGCCGAAAAUACGAUCAAAAAUAUUGUCUUCUUACCAUGAGCUCUAAAGGUAUUUCUGUGAUAGACCAACAACCGCGGACUGGUCAGGUUCGUCGAUCUUGUCCUUCGGCGCAUUCUGCGGUAAGAAAUCAUCCACCACAACGUCACCAGAAUCUCGAAGAAUUCAGAGAAAGCUGUUUAGAUGGCGAAUAUUUCAAAGGGAAGAUGAAACCCAGCGAUGUGAAAUUAUCCUCAGCCAUGGCAAUGUCUGCUGCGGCAGUUUCACCCAACCUUGGAAAGCAUAAGGCAGAAGAAAAUAGAUUUACGCAUAUUUUAACCUUGCUCAACAUGGAGAUGGCUGCACACCUUGUUUAUAAUAUGACGGGCGAGAGAGAAAGCGGCGUGUGCCACCAGUUUCGGUUAUAUUUUGCAAAUCUAACCGUGUCUCGGUUAAUCGGUGGUGGAGGAUUUGGAAUAUGGAAAUUGUUGAAACCCUACAGCCACGGCUUCCCUGUGUUAACUACAAUUGGUAUUAUAUCAGGAGUGUUCGGACUAUUACUAGUGAUGUUGUUCAUCUAUAUUUGUUGCUGCAAUCGCGUGAAUUGCUAUGAUGGUUGCGAUUCCUGUGAUUGUUCUGAUUCGUGUAGAUGUGACGAGAAUGUAAAAAAAUUGACCCCAACCAGAUGGCUCACUGUACACCUGCCCAUUUAUCGUUUUCUUCUUUCCCUUGUACAUUUCAUCCACGAUGGUCCAAAACCACCAGCGAUGUUGCAUCUCAGUGAUGGCGGCCAUUUUGAAAAAUAUGGUCUCUUACCCCUGUUAAAAUUGCGACUGCCGAGAAUUCUGAUCGCGGAUGGUUCCUAUAUCAAAUCAGACGAUGAUUACGGCAAGGAAAUUAUACAGAUAAUGAAUCAUGCACGUGAGAUAUUAGGCUGUUCUUUCAAUGCAAUGGAUGGAGGAGAUGUGUUGGCUGAUAUAAGGAAUAAAUAUGUCCACCCCGAGGAUGGAAUUUAUCCAAGAAUGUAUGAAUUCAAAGUUCGUUACUCCGAUAAAGGUUGCCAUGAGGUUCGUGAAGGCCAUAUUGUCUUAAUUUCUCCGCGUUCUCAGCCAUCGGAGGAUUCCUUAUCGGGUACAGCCAGUGAAUCUAUGGAGAUGACAGAAAGAGGUGGCCAAAGCUUCAGGGGUAAUACUCCGGUGACAUGGCAAACCGUAGGUGAGAAUCUUGACCAAAGAAGAUGGGGUUCGGGACCCAUUCUCAAAGAGGAAACAAUCAACGAUAUUUCUGGUUUCCCUGCUGGAUUAGGCUGUUGUGAUUGCAAGAGUCGUUGUUCUUGCUGUGAUAGUUUCUUGGCCUUUCCCCGUCAUACAACUGUGAAUCAAUUUUUUACACCUCGUUUGUUCACGGUUUAUCACAGAGAAGGUUACAGAGCGUGUAUGGAAUGCGAUGAUUUUCUAAAACCAGCUAGUAAAAGUUUCAAACAACCCAGAUUUAUGACACAUGUGUAGUUUACUCACCAACAUCAAGAACUGGUUAUGUAUGGGCGCGUCUGUUACAUGCACAGAAUGAUUGAAAUAUCCAGCCUGGACAAAUGUUUAUUUUAUUGUUUUCAUCCAGGAAAACUACCGGAAUUGAGUUGUAACGAAAGGAAAUUUCUGAAGCGUCAUCUCUUUUUGGGACAACUUUUACUGUGAGAUGUCAUAUGUGGCUCUAAUACUAGGAGUUACUAUCGCAAGUGAAAUGCUGCCUGGGAGAAAGAUUUGGUGCGCAUACCUGCUCAACAGUUGUAUUUGCGCGUUACGAGAUAGGAUUUAAGCUUAAAUCAUUCUGCCAAAAAACGUAUGCUAGUCAAUAGUAUUUAAAUUAAAUUUGUUUUUGAAUAUAAAAUCAAAUUGCGAUUGCUAUAAUAUAAAGAGAAGCGCCGAAUCGAAGAUAGAAACGAUAUUGAACUGAUGGCUAUGGCACAUAAUUAUAGUCAUAAAGUGGAU